GUUCAUCCUUGGCGCUUGGCGCUUUCUCCCACGUCCAGCCUUUAGAGCAGGAUGUGUCCACGGGAGUACGGAAGCGCGCAUGGGAACGACACCUUUGGGCCAUCUGACUCACUGAUAUUCCUCAUGUUCUUCCAGAUCGGAGGAUGAAUAUAUCAUGCGUAGAUAUGAAAUCGCCUUCUACAUCCAUGGGUAUCAUGAAGCUGGUAUGAACAUUCGAUUAUCAGGUGUUAAACCAAAAACUCGAGAAACCUCCGCGGCCACCAGGGCCAGCAUUGAAAGUGGCUCCAGCAUGGUGGGACUGAAGCCCGGCUACCAGGACCGGUCUAGAAGCCGCUGCGAAACAGGGUCGAGGUGAGUCGAAGAUGCAGCGGGCGAUCCUGGAAAGAAGACCUUGUCAUUUAGUCGUAGCAGCAAAGAAAUUGCAAACGUUUCGUUUCGUGAGAGCGGCAAAGUCUCACCUAUUGGGCCUAUCGAACCGCCCUCUUCGAAGGCAGCGAGGCGGAUCGCUUCGUCCGUAUGUUCACCUGAAGCUCCUGCAAAUCAUCUGUGAGCGCGGGAUUCACGGUCCACGAGCCCUCGACAAUCCUAAAAGGAGAAUCGAGGGCCAGCGAGCAGUGCACCUCGACGGUGUUCUGCUGAAAGGGAGCAUUCGUUGAGCGCUGCAGCAGCUCGUUAAACAGGAUGGUGCGCAAAGGGAUAGUCGUGAGCGGCAGGAAUCAGGGCCACACGCCGAGUUGGUGCUAUUGCGACCGGCGACGACGCCAUUGUCGCGAAUGAGGAUGUGAUUAGGUCACGAUGGGGGGCGCGGGCGUCGGGCUG